CGUACCGACAGCAUCGAGGGUGCAGUUUCGUUUUUCUUCCUACGCUUGUCUUUUCGAUCGAUCGGUCGGUCGGUCGAUCGGUUGCUCGGUUUAAUUAUAAAGUUGCGCGUACCACGAGGUGUCAACGAGAAUCUCAUCCUCGAUCAAGUUUUUCUCUUCGAUAUAUAUAUAUAUAUAUAUAUAUAUCGAACAGUGCAGUCUACGAAGGUCGCCUGGCACGCGCUACCACAAUCCUACUUCUGGGUGGUGGGGGGAUUUGGACCCGUGAUAUGACUUUAGUGGGGCCCAAGGAAGAGAGCGUCCUACCCAUCAUGCUGAGUGUACAGCAGCAGCAUCAUCACCACGGCCUUCACGCUACUUCGACCGCGCAGACCCAUCGCGGCAACGUGAUUGUCUCCACCAGCGGUAUGCCGACCAAUAAUAGUGGCCUGCAACAUGGAUGUAAGCGCUCCAAGAUCUACGGCCAGUCCAGUGGGCCUUACGGCACGGUUCCGCAUCAGCCUGCCUCGGUGGCGAGACGAAACGCGCGAGAACGCAACAGGGUGAAGCAGGUAAACAAUGGAUUCGCCACUCUGAGGCAACAUAUACCGCAGACGGUGGCUCAGGCGCUGGGUAGCAGUACGGCCGGGACUCACGGUGGAUCCAGAGCCGGCAGCAAGAAACUGUCUAAAGUGGAAACCCUGAGAAUGGCGGUGGAGUAUAUCAAAAGUCUUCAACGUCUUCUGGACGAGCACAACGGCGGUUCCGAGUCGAGCGGAGCCUCGCCCAUCUCUUCCACGUCCUCCAAUUCGCCCGAUUCCGAAAAUGGAAUGGAUUCCGGUCAUACGGCGGAAUUGAGACUACGAGGUGGCAUCACGGAAAUACGUCAUCACGGUAGUCCGCACGAGUCUGAUCUGCACCACCAUCAACAUAUCCGGCAGAAUUCGAGCCCGACUUUCGUUCCGACAACAUGUUCGGAAGCGUCGAGUUCGCCGACGCCGAGCUUCGUUUCUGAAACCUCGUCAGCUGGAAGUCAAGGUUACAGCACGUCUGGUACGCUUUACACGACGUAUUCCGACAGUUACGACAAUCACGAGCCGAUGAGCCCAGAGGACGAAGAGCUACUGGAUGCCAUCACUUGGUGGCAGAGUCAAUGAGUGUCCUUCUCAAGCAUGACCGAAUGCAGAAGGACAUCAAGAGGGUCAAAGACAAAUAUUAAGCGAAACAAAGGUAAACGAAGAAAGCGGCUGUUGCAUUAAUUAUAAUCUAGUCAUAUUAUCAUAUUUUGCAUUUUGUCGUCUAAAUUAGUGUAAUAUGUUAUCUUCUUUUGUACAAAUGCGAAAGCUUUUUAUAUGGAUUAUCUUUAAAAACUAUGUUUGUCGUAUCGAGAUGUCACAAACAUACACACCUUCGAAGCAUACGAUUAAAAGAAGCAGUACUUUGAAAGUACACAGCUAUACAACAAAUAUAAAAUUGCAAUUUUUAAUUAUCUGUGUAUAUUUUAUAUAAU